UGGUAGCGGUGUUCGGUAACUCGUCGAACAUGGGGGCACGGGUCGUGCGUAUGUUCAGAAAUUUCAACCUAGAGAACCGGGUGUUCCGAGAAAUCUCCAAGGAGAAGCCGCGGGCAGCGCCUCGACACGCGGUCAGCGAUCCGCCCUCUGCCGCCGGUUCCGAAGCAGCGGAGACAGCGGUGGAUCCAGUGAACCAGAGGAACGACCCUCUGCUGACCCUCCUCAAGUCGGUGUAUGUGGAGUCUAAAGACCCGGUAGCAGCAGCAGAGGCAUCCAAGGAAGUGAUGGGGGCUAAAGAAGCAGAGCGCCGGCCGCUCAGGUUCAGUUUACCGGGGGACCCGUACGGCCUGGUGGAGCUCACGGACGUUCCCAAAGGCAAACUGACCAUCGCUGAGGCUCUGAAGGCCCUCAGCAGCCACCAGCGGCAGCCAGACGCCUGGACGCCGGAGAAGAUCGCUCAGGAAUAUUCUCUUGACUUGAAAGACACCAAGGCUCUUGUGGAGUUCUUCAUCCCCUUCCAGGUUCAGAUCAUACCGCCCAAGACUGACAGCACCAAGCAGAUAAAGGCUUCGUAGGACUAGACUAUCGGCGAAUGGUAAUAAGAGACAAAAUAUUACCACAUAUAUCUAUGUACGUCAAUAUAUUGGCAUUGGGAGAGAUGAUAAGGCAAGCAUGGGGUUGGGAGCCAAUGAUGUUUUGCUUUAUAUGUGGAUGGAGUCAUGGGAGAAUCCUUAGGUUGAUUAAUUGAUA